CUUAGAGGCCCAAUUACAACUGGAAUCCGACCCUUCGUGGUCAAAACCCGAAACCCGUUGUUCAUCCUGAGACGACGAGAGACAGACACACAGAGAGAAAAUCGGAGCUUGGAAGUUGGAAGGUUAAGCGAGAUGAGCAGCUUUGCGAUUCCAUCUUCUUCUUCCUUCUCUCUUUCCAAUGCUUAUCAUCAAUCUUCUCGCCCUCGCUUCAUUUUCCGCAAUGCUCGCUCCAAUGUUGAUUUCUGCGGCUUACGAUUCAGUGGAGAAGCUCGAAGAACCUCUUUAAGGUGCAAUUGCUGUAGCAAAGGAAAUGGAGGAAGUACAAGUUCAGGUGAAAACGAAAACAGAAGUGUGUUAGAUGCUUUCUUUUUGGGAAAGGCACUAGCUGAGGUUAUCAACGAGCGAAUUGAGUCUACUGUUGGAGAAGUUCUGGGUACUAUUGGAAGGUUUCAAGCUGAGCAACAGAAGCAAGUUCAAGAGAUUCAGGAAGAGGUACUCGAAAGAGCCAAGAGAGCUAAGGAAAGAGCAGCUCGAGAGACCAUGGAGACUCAAGGACUCUCUGCUCCCAAACCAGAAGCCAUAACCCGGAAACCGGCUGCUGGUGUUGUCACCUAUGUAGCUCCAAUCUCUACGUCUGGAAGCAACGCUGUAAGUAAUGAAAAUCUGUCAGGUUUCUCCGGAUCUUCAAUUGGUGGUGUAGAGGAAAGCUCGAGUUCUAGUGAUAAAGACAAUGUUUAAACGAUGGUCCCUAAGUCACUUUCAAGAUUUGAUAAUAGUAGAAGAGACUUGUCUUAAACGGUUAAGAACAGCUUUGUUGAUGAUAUACGUACUUGAAGCAAUGAAAAUUGAGAAUAAAUAAGUUUGAUAUAAAGUGAAAUUAUAUUUCUUGUAUUCUUCUUUUUGACGUCGAAAGUAUUAUUUCA